UCCUUCACUUAUAUCAUCAGAAUAUCUCUCAAGAUGAACUACAAAAAAGGUCCGAUCAUCGGCCGUGGCUCGACCGCGACCGUCUCGCUAGCCACCACGGUCACCGGGGACCUUGUCGCGGUCAAGUCGACCGAGUUUUCUAACUCACACUUCUUACAAAAAGAGCAACAACUUCUAUCAAAAUUAAGUUCACCACAUGUAAUAAAAUACAUCGGGUCUAAUAUCGAUUAUACAAUCGAUAACAACCCGAUGUAUAACUUGGUAAUGGAGUAUGCAAAUGGUGGGAGCCUUUUAGAUGUGAUCAAAAGUGGAGGAGGAUGUGUUGAUGAGUGUUUGAUAAAAUCUUAUACUUAUCAAAUACUACUUGGUUUGGAUUAUAUUCAUUCCAAUAAUUUAGUACAUUGUGACAUUAAAUGUUCCAAUAUUUUGGUUUGUGACAAGAAUGUUGUCAAAAUUGGUGAUUUUGGUUGUGCCAAAUAUGUUGGAGAACACACAUCCUCUGUAUUUUCGGGUACUCCGGUUUUUAUGGCUCCUGAAGUGGCACGAGGAGAAGAGCAAAUGUUUGGGGCUGAUGUUUGGGCAGUUGGGUGUGCGGUUGUUGAAAUGGCAACGGGUUGUAACCCGUGGCCCGAGUUAAAUAACCCGGUUUCUGCUCUGUAUAGAAUCGGGUAUUCGGAUGAUAUACCUUUUUUCCCAAUGUGGUUAUCGUUUGAAUGUCAAGAUUUCUUGAAGAAAUGUUUGCAAAGAAAAGUUGAAGAAAGAUGGACUGUGAAAGAGCUUUUGGAACACCCUUUUGUUAGCUCUAAAUCUUGUUUUGAAAAGAUUGAAAAUUUUUCGAAAAAUAAUUCUCCAGUUAGUAACUUGGAUCAAGGAUUUUGGGAUUCUUUGGAAGAGACGGAUUCUUCACCGGUGAUGACCCGGUUACUGAAUUUCUCUGGCGGGUCUCAUUUGGAGAGGAUAAGGCAAUUGGUAGAAGGAAGUACUUCAUCUUUGUCAAAAUGGAGUGAUGAAGAAGAUUGGAUCACAGUCAGAAUGAACCAUAUCGAUGAAAUUUCAAAGAUUUCGGAACAAGUUCUAGACACAAAUGUAGAUUUGGAAGAUGUUGAUAGUGAGCCAACUUAUUCAGACUUGUUUUUGGUUUCAGAAUUUGAUGUUUUAGAAGAGAUGUCAAAUUCUUUUCAAAUGAUGUUAGGAUCUGAUUUAGUUGAAACUAGUAGUAGUGCAAGUGUUACUGUUUCAAGAUUUAUUGAUUGUAAUGUUAAGAACAUGAAUAAUGAUAAUUGUUUGCCAAUUGAUUCAAUUAUAAGAUGUUUUUGCCGUAUUUUCUCCUUCACAUUUUCUUAUUUUCUGAUCAACUCAUGUAGGCCACUAGUACUAUGA